UGCAGCGUUGUGAAGUUUUGGCGAAUAGCCGAUCAUGACGCUGCCGCCGGUGCAUGCCCCGCACGUCGUCCUGCUCACGAGCCCCGGCGCGGGCCACGUCCUCCCGGUGGCCGAGCUCGCGACGCGCCUCGCCACGCACCACGGCUUCACCGCCACCAUCGUCACCUACACAAGUCUGUCCUCACCCGCCCACAACUCGCCGCUCGCCUCGCUCCCUGCGUGCGUCUCCGUGGCCGCGCUCCCGGAGGUGCCCCUGGACGACCUCCCCGCGGACGCACACAUCGUGACCCGCGUCUUGACCGUCGUCCACCGCACCCUGCCGCACCUCGGCGACCUGCUCCGCUCCCUCCUCGACUCCCCCGCGGGGGUCGCCACCUUCCUGACCGACAUGCUCUGCUCGGCCGCGCUCGAGGUGGCCAAGGAGCUGGGCGUGCCGCGGUACGUCUUCUUCACCUCGAGCCUCACAUCGCUGGUCUCAAUGCUCUACAUCCCGGAGCUCGCCAGGACCACCACAUGCGAGUGCCGGUACCUCCCGGAGCCCGUCGUCCUCCCGGGGUGUGUGCCGCUGCACGGCGCCGACCUCGUCGAUCCCGUCCAGAACCGCUCCGACCCCGCGUACCCCCUCAUGGUCGAUCUGGGGCUCGACUACCUCCUCGCUGACGGCUUCAUCGUCAACACCUUCGACGCAAUGGAGCGAGAGACGUUGAUCGCUUUCGAAGAGCUUUCGGACAAAGGCGUGUACCCUCCGGUCUAUGCCGUGGGUCCGUUCAUCCGAUCGGUCUCCGACGAGGCGGGCAAGCACAGCUGCCUACGGUGGCUGGAUGGCCAGCCGGACGGCUCGGUCCUGUACGUGUCCUUCGGCAGCGGCGGCACGCUGUCCACGGAGCAAACGGCCGAGCUGGCGACCGGGCUGGAGGCCAGCGAGCAGAAAUUCCUCUGGGUGGUGCACUUCCCCGGCGACAAGGACCGCAGCGCGGGCUACUUCGGGACGUCGGCCGACCGUGGGAAUGACCCUCUGAGCUACCUGCCUGAAGGAUUCGUGGAGAGGACGAGCGGCACGGGGCUGGCGGUGCCGCUGUGGGCGCCGCAGGUGGAGAUCCUGAACCACCCAGCGGUGGGAGGGUUCGUGUCUCACUGCGGGUGGAACUCCACGCUCGAGAGCGCGGCGGCGGGCGUGCCGAUGGUGGCGUGGCCGCUGUUCGCCGAGCAGAGGGUGAACGCGGUGUUGGUGUCGUCGGAGCGGGUAGGGUUGGCGCUGUGGGCGAGGCCGCCGAUCGAUAGUGACGGGGUAAUUGUACCGCGCGGGAAGGUGGCGGAGCUGGCGAGGGAGCUUAUGGCGGGGGAGAAGGGCGCGGCGGCGCGGAAGAAGGCGGGCCAACUGCGGGAAGGGGCGGCGAUGGCGUUGGCACCGGAAGGGCCGCAGUGCCGGACUCUCAUGGCAGUAAUAAGCAAAUGGAAGGGCGAGGAUGAAUGACGAUGAUCAUCAGCAAAUGGACGAAGAUUUGCAUGUAUCAUGAGUAUUUUGGUUCACUUGUGUAAGUACGUACUGUAUUUUCCGUUCCA